AUGGUGUAUUCAUCACCUUCGCCACCGGUGCCGGUAUCUCUGGAGCCGUUGCACACGAAAAUGCUCAACGCGAUCGAAAGUCACAUCGCUGCAGAUCCCAACGCCGUUGCUUUUGUAUGUAGUGUGCUCCGACCGUUCUGAAAAAAAUCUUCUAGGUCUGCGCUGAAGAUAAUAACGUCCGAUUGACCUUCCGCGAGUAUCGAGAAAAAGCGAAAAAUUGCGCCCAAUUCCUUUCUGAUCGGUUAGUUGAAGAAAUUAUUCAGAGCUUUUUUUUUCAAAAAUUCAUAAAAAUCAAUUAAUAAGGGCUGUCUCAAGGCACAAAAGACCUUGAAAGUCUCAACUUCGUUACUCUCAAAAGAUAUCUCAAACUUAAAAAAAAUAUCAAAAAUUUUUGAAAUGAAGUAUUCUGAGGCUUGCAAGCCUUCUUCCCUUCUUCUUCAUAAAAUAAGUUUUCAGUGGAUUCGGCCACAAGAACGUGCUCUGCCAAGUGCUGCCAAACGGCCUCGAAUACCCCGUUGUCCUUCUGGGAGUCCUCCAAUGCGGGGGCACCAUGUCCGGCGCCAGCGCCAUGUUCACCGAUUGUAAGUCAAAAAUCGCUUCUCGCUGGAUUCCAUUGUUGAAGACGAGUUGGAGCGUCAAUUCUUGGACUCCCGGUGCACGGCAGUGGCGACGGACGAGGCACACCUGCCCAAGGUGAUGCAGGCCGCCGAGCGAUGUCCUCAAAUUAAGGUUCACAGCAUUAUUCAAUUUUUCGUUAUUUGAUAUAGUUUAUUCAUUUUUCACAUAGAGACGAUAUGUGACGCUAGAAGAAGAGCGAAAGAAAAUGUUCUUUUUUAGUGGUUAAGGAAAUUAUUGUUCUUUCAUCUAGUUAUUCUCUUUUUUCGGAUUUUCUGUAAACACUUGUCAAGGAAACCGUGUAAGCUUGAUCUUCGUUUAAAAUUUUCUUCUAUGCUGAUUUGAAACUUGUUGGUCGCAUGGAGAAUGGCUGAACUCGAGGCGCUACGACAAGAGCGAGUUUUCCAUUUGCGAGGAGUACGGUAUGCGGAUAUGUGCAUUGCGUGCAUACACUUUGCGUGUUUACACUUCCGUUGCGUGACGUCACCGGGUUUUUUUUUCAAAUUUUUUUCAAUUAACAUUUUGAUACUGUUUUAUACCGUGCAAAUAUCAUCGAGAAAAAUGAACAUCUUAAAAGAAAAGCAAAAAAUGUUAAAAAAUAUUCGAAACAAAAAACCCGGAGAUGUCGGACCCGGUGACGUCACGCAACGAAAGUGUAAACACAGUGUAUGCACGCAAUGCGCAUAUCCGCAUACCGUACUCCUCGCAAACGGAAAACUCGCUCUUGUCGUAACACCAAACUCGAAAAAAGUAUGAAGUCACGGUGUUCCGCGCAAUGGAAAAAAAUGCGGAAUUUUGGGUCCCAGCGGCAUAUUGUCCGUGGCGCAUUAUUGCGCCCUUCUCAUGGUUUCUGAUGCAAAAAUUGAAUUUCUUCAGUUUUUUUCUUGGUUUUUUACUUUUUUUCUAUUUCUUGCAUUUAUGUGAUCCGCCUCUCUAUGGGUACAUCUUGUGGAGCUUUAAAUUUCGCACUUUUCUAAACCAGUUUCAGAUCUUUAACUUUUUUCUCAAAAGAGUUGAAGAUUUUUCUAAAAGUCCUAAUUUUUCAAAAUUUUGAAAUCUGUUUCGCGACAUGAAAAGAGUCACUCUAUUUCGGAAACUAUAGUUUUUUUAAUUUAAUCAGUUAAUAAUAAAAAAAGUUAUUAUCUAGUUCCUUUGACGUAGUUUGAAACCGGUUUCGUGUAAAUUAGAGCCAAAUUGAAUUUGCUGAUGCAGUUUAAUGAUUUUGAUAUAAGCAUCAUCUAAAUUAUAUAUUUUUUUCUAGUUUUUUUGAUGGUUUUUUUCGAGUUUAAACAAAAAAAUUUCGCCAUACGAGGUUUUUUUCUAAAAAUUUCUGCUUUCUAACCAUUAUUUGUUUUUUUCUGAAGCUAGGUUUUCGAGGUAUAUAAAAUGUUUUUUCAUUUGCUCCUCGAAUUUUCCUCAUUUCAAUAUUUUUUUCGUAUUUAUAAAUGCUUAUUCAAUGGGAGCUGAUUCACCUUCAUAAUAUUUUUUGUUUUUAUUUUGUAAUCAGUAAUUUAGAGUUUUCCCCUUUCGAAAUCGUUCCUAAAUGUUUUUUUAACGUAAGUGAAUGUUUUUUUCACAUCAUAUUCUUCAAAAUGACAAAUUUCGAACAUUUCAGGAGCUAUUAUCCUGAAAUCGCAAAUUCUAAAAUUGAAAAAAACAUUUUGAGUAUGCGAUAGUGCGUCUCGGUGUGCUUACACCCUAAGCAUCAUAAUUUACGAAAAGUCUUGACCUUGCGUAAAGAAAAAAACACCGUGAAGUUGUUUAUUUGAAGAUGUGACCGACCAAAAACGACUUUCGCCAGUUGUCGUAAUAGCUCCUUAAGACUAAAUUUGAGUAAAAAACAUAUUUAUCAGAUGAGCGCAAAUUUUGAGAAGAACUCGAAAUCUGCUUUUCAGACGAUUUUGUGUGUGCGGAAAGGAAAUAAGAGCUUGCCAAAAGGCGUCUUUGCCUAUGACGAAGCCAUUCGAACAAAGUUCCGUGGCCUCCCUCCCUAUAAGUUCAGGUAAAGGAAUGUUUCAAAUAAAAACACCCAACCUCGCAGAUUCCAGCCCCGACGACGUGGCUCUUCUGCCAUACUCGAGCGGCACGACGGGCUCUCCGAAAGGAGUCAUGCUCUCUCACAAAAACUUCGGCACCAUGGUUGAAGUCGUGCAGGCGUGAGUUGUCGCUCCCUGGAUUUUUCAAAUGAACGUUCGAUUCCAGACACCAGAACCAAUACAUUUCGUCGUUUCUAUCAAACAACGGCAACAAGUUUCAGUGGAGAGGACAGCCACUCUGUCUGAUGCUCCCAUUCUACCAUAUUUACGGGAUGGGAUUAUUAAUGAAUGUAUCUUUCCUUUAAUUAAAUCCGAGAAGCUUAAGAAUCAUUUCCAGACCGUUCUGGAAGGCCUACAAGGCAUCGUUUUCAAAAAGUUUGAGCCGACCAUUUUCUUGGAGAACAUUCAAAAGUUCAAGGUUGGCUGAAGCUCUGAGGAAGUCUCACAAGUCCCCUAUUUAAGGUGCAAAUACUGUUCCUGGUCCCACCGAUCCUUCUUUUCUUGGCCAAGCAUCCGGUCGCUGAGAAGUUCGACCUUUCUUCGUUGCGAGUCGUGAUAUCUGGAGCAGCUCCAGCCGGAAAAGACCUCUGCCAAGAGUUUACGCGGAAAUAUCCCAAGGCUAGAAUCGCACAAGGUUGGUAUUUGUAAAGAAGAGAAAACUGGCGCCACAAAGAAGUUUCUGUCAGGAAGAGCUUUUCAAAAAGUUUGGUGAUCCCUAUAGAGGUAAAACCGAGUGGUCACUAUAGGGGUUUAGGGUUUGACUCCUUAGCCCCUAAAGCUUAAGUGAUCCCUAUAGGGGUUUUUCAACUUCAUUAAAAAUGAGGGACCACUAACUAAAAGUCCUAUAGGGACCACUUUUGAAAACUUUAGUGGUCCUUAUAGGGGUUUGUAAAAUGGUCCUUAGAGGGGGCUUUCAAGGGUUCUUGAGGUUGCCCUUAUACUCUGAAGUUCCUAAGAAGUUUAAGCAACCUUAUGUUUCCUUUCAAAAAUCUUCUGAUCUGGGCAUUAGUAAGAGAAACGGAUAAAUCUUCAGCUUCUUGAAAAUCGGAAAAAAGUGAACAUUCCAGCCUAUGGAAUGACCGAAUGCGGCAUGGCAUCGCACAUCGCCGACUUCAAACAAAGCGACGACUACACAAGCGUCGGCAUCGUGCUGAACAACUUCGAGCAGAAGGUCGUCGACGUGACGACCGGAGCCGAGGUGCCACUCGGCCAGCGAGGCGAGAUCUGCGUCCGCUCGCCGACCGUCAUGCUCGGCUACCUCAACCGACCGGAAGCUACCGCCGAGACCAUCGACAAGGACGGCUGGCUGCACACCGGCGACAUCGGCUAUCUAGGCAAAGACUUGCGAAUGAACAUCGUCGACCGGCUCAAGGAGCUGAUCAAGGUCAAAGGACUGCAGGUAAAGCUUCGAUAUUUUCUUGAGAAGACCAAGGAGAUCAGGUCCCGCCGGCAGAGCUGGAAGACUUGCUCUUAUCGCAUCCGAAGAUCGGAGACGCCGCAGUUAUAGGAAUCAAAGACGAGAGAUGUGGAGAAGUUCCAAUGGCCUUUGUCGUGAGGCAGGAUGAAUCUCUCACGAUUAAAGAUGUACUAAAGUUCGUGGAAGGUGGGUUUCGCAGAAUGUUCGCUUCAUAAAAAUUUGAAAUCUACUUCAAAUUAUGACAUUUUCCGCUAAAUAAAAACCGACGAAUUUCCAGGAAAAGUCUCAUCGUACAAAUGGCUGGCGGGCGGCGUCGAGUUCCUCAAAGAAAUCCCAAAAGCCCCGUCCGGCAAGAUCCUGCGGCGAUUUCUCCGCGACGAAGUUGCUCGACGAGAAAAAGCCAGGCUUUAA